CGAACAUUUGCAGCUUGAAAAAGUGCAAGUAGCUUCACGAUACUUGAGUACAUUCAACUCAGAACUAAACGAAUGACCCGGGACAGGAAACUGAAUGCUGGGGUUAUAAUGAGGAGAUAAUGAGGUAGAAUUCUCACCUUACAUCCAAGUCGCCCCUAUGAGGUUCGCGGAUUUCAUCGUUGAUUUGGCCGCUGUUGUCAAAGCAUCCCGGAAUGUCGCUUCGAGGCACGUAGAGCUUCGAGCUCGGCAGCUCGAUCGCUAUGGCCAAUCUUCCAGUAUUGUACGCUCUCUAACAGAGAAGCAAAAAGUCACUCACUCAACUCGUCCUGUAUCAAAACCUGCCGAUGAUAUUCCAGCCGAAGGUAAAGAAGAACCUCGUACUGAAACCUCUCAAGCCGAGUCAUCCGUGCAAGCAUCUGAGAGGUCUGAGAAAGUAGAGUCGAGUGAUGAGAAUUUCUCAUCAAAUCAUCCCCAAGGAAACAUCAACAGAUUACACUUGGAGCAACAAAAUGUCCACAGGAAAUUCCCUGGGCAUAAUUCGCCAACCGUUGAGGCGAUUAUGGAACGUCCCUCAGCCAUACGGCCAGACCAGAGCGCCAUUCUGACGCAAUUGAAUAAAGGUGCUGUUGAGGCUAAGAACAGCAACCACGUCGAUGACGCUCCAACCUUCCAACCUGUCUCAAAAAAGCUAAAGGUAUCCCCGAGCCCCAAGGCUCUGCAAGACGUUCCUCCAGAAGUGGAUAUCAAUAUAUUUCACACAAAUCGAGGAUCUCAGAUGCUAGAGGUGCAAGAAGAUGUCGUAGGGGCAAAACGACCCCUAACCCCCCCUCCAUCUCCUGGUUGGUUCAAGGAUUUUGGCCACGGAAAGGCCAAGCCCCACCAAGAGGAAAGCCAGACGGCGCCUCCUAUUGCUGAGCUUACCGCAACACGGGGGCACCCAACCGCGAAUGAGAGCGUGACACAUACUGGUACAGAUAAUAAUGAGUCGCCUACUAAAGCAGAAGCUCUGGAAAGCAGUGCGGAGCAAGAGCAUACUCAUAUGGUUGAUAAAAUCCUGUCCAAAACGGAAACAGAAACAUCACCUGACGGAGCUAUUGAAACACCAGUGAUGUUGAACAACCAACCAACCAAACCAGCCUACGUCCUCCGGGAGUCUAAGGUACCAGCCUCCCGCUUGAGCCGAUUAUGGAAUUACGGAGGGCUAGCGGCUGGUAUGCUCGGCGGAGCUAUUAGUGAAGGGGUUAGUAGAGGGUUGGGCGGUGGCGGCAAGGGUUCUGUGCUACUCAGCUCCGGAAAUAUGGAAAGGCUAGUGGCCAAACUCUCGCGGAUGAGAGGAGCGGCACUAAAACUUGGUCAGAUGAUGAGUUUCCAGGACACCAAAAUGCUCCCUGGCCCUAUCCAGGAGGUCCUACAGCGAGUCCAGGACAGAGCGGACUACAUGCCUGCCUGGCAGCGCGAUCGUGUGCUUACGUCGAAUUUGGGGCCUGCAUGGCGGGAACUUUUUGAGGAAUUUGAGGAGAAGCCGAUAGCUGCGGCCUCGAUUGGACAAGUACAUCGCGCCAAGAUAAAGUCAACCGGCAGGAAAGUUGCCGUGAAGAUCCAGUUCCCAGGUGUCGCCGACUCGAUCAACUCAGACCUAGACAACCUCGGCAUGCUCCUAACCGCCUCCAAGAUGCUCCCGAAAGGUCUAUACCUAAACAAGACGAUCGACAACGCGCGCACGGAACUCGGUUGGGAGUGCGACUACGAGCGCGAAGCCGAGUGCGGGAGACGAUACCGAGAGCUCCUAGCCGACGAGACGGACGUAUUCGUGGUCCCCGAGACCUUCCCUGAGGCAUCCGGGAAGCACGUAAUAACGAUGGAGUUCAUGGAAGGGGUAGGGGUGACGCGAGGGAGCCACGCCUUCACGCAAAAGCAGAAAGACUGGAUCGGCACGCAGAUCCUCCGGCUGUGCCUGCGCGAGAUCACCGAGUUCCACUUCAUGCAGACGGACCCCAACUGGACCAACUUCCUCUUCAACCCCGCCACCCACAAGCUCGAGCUGCUCGACUUCGGCGCCUCGCGCGAAUACCCGCAGCGCUUCGUUUCGCAGUACGUCGGCCUGCUCGCGGCGGCCUCGCGCUCCGACCGCGCCACCAUCGAGCGGCUCUCGCGCGACCUCGGGUACCUCACGGGCCACGAGAGCAAGGCGAUGCUCGACGCGCACGUGGCCUCGAUCCUCACGCUCGCCGAGCCGUUCCUCGCCUCCGCGCCCCGCGUCUACGACUUCAAGGACCAGACCAUCACCGAGCGCGUCAAGUCCCUCAUCCCCGUCAUGAUCCGCGAGCGCCUCAGCCCCCCGCCCGAGGAGACCUACAGCCUGCACCGCAAGCUCAGCGGCGCGUUCUUGCUCUGCGCGAAGCUGGGGAGCAGGGUGCCGUGUAGAGAGCUGUUCGAGAGGGCGUUGGAGAAGACGGAGGUGGCGUUAUAAUUGGAAUGUACUACUACUACUACGGCGAUUGAUUUCUACGAUCACGCUUUUUUGAGCCAUCUCACCUUAUCUAGAUACAGGGACCUAAUGUAUAAAAAUGAUUCCGAUGUGUUUGUUGUGUGCUGUGAUUGGAAG